GUUGUAGGGCGUGGAUUGUGUAAAAUAACAACAUUAAGGAAAGCCACUGAGUACUGAUCAGUUUUGCUGCAAUGUCUUAUCCAAAUCCAUAUGGCCAGCAGCCCGCCUAUCCUCCGGGAGGAGGUGGGGGAUAUCCACCUCAGCCAGGAUAUCCUCCUGCUCAGUCAGGCUAUCCUCCCCAGGUACCAUACCCACCCCAGCAAAGCUAUCCCCCAGGUGGCGGGCCAGGGUAUCCUCCACAGCAACCAGCAUAUCCUCCUGCAGGUGGAGGGUAUCCUCCACCUACUGGCGGCCCACCUGCUAGUGGCUAUCCUCCACAACCAGGAUAUCCUCAACAACAGGGUGGAUACCCAGCUGCACAACCUCAAUAUCCACAGUCGGGAGGCUAUGCAGGUGGCCCCUCGGGGUACCCACCUCAGCAAACUGCUGGCUACCCUGCACAGGCAGUACCAGGCUACCCCGCACAGCCAGCAGCAGGCUACCCUGGUCAUCAGCCUGCAGCCUACCCUUCACAACCAGCUGCAGGCUACCCUGGACAACAAAGUGGAGGCUACCCUGGACAACCACCUGCAGGCUACCCUGCUCAGCAAAGUGGAGGCUACCCUGCUCAGGGUCAGCAAACUGUUCAACAUGGUUCCCCAGCUCAGGGUGCCUCAACAGUGACUACAGGCAUGGGAAAGCUGAACAUUGGCAGUGGUGAGGUGUCACAUGGAACGGUCGUUGCUAUAAAACCGUUUGAUUCAGAAAAUGAUGCCGAGAUACUGCGCAAAGCAAUGAAAGGAUUUGGCACGGAUGAAAAGGCCAUCAUAGAUGUUAUUACUAAGCGAUCAAAUUUGCAAAGGCAAGAGAUUAAGAAGAAAUUCAAAACGAUGUAUGGAAAGGAUCUGAUUAAGGAUUUGGAGUCAGAACUAAGUGGGAACCUGAAAGAGCUCAUAAUGGCCAUGUUCACUCCAACGACGUACUAUGAUGCUUGGUCAUUACAUGAGGCUAUGGAGGGUGCUGGAACAAAAGAGUCUGUGUUGAUUGAGAUCUUAUUCACUCGGACAAAUGCCGAGAUCAUCGAAAUAGUGAAGUGUUAUAAAGAGCACUUUCGUCGUGACCUUGAGAAAGAUGUCAAAUCUGAAACAAGCGGGCAUUUUAAGCGGCUUCUUGUUUCAUCAUUACAAGGAAAUAGGGAUGAGUUAAAUGCAUCACAGGCACAAGCUUUGGCUAUGAGCGGAUGGCAGGGGGUGGUUGACCGUGAAAAGGCUGCAAAAGAGGCAAAGGAGCUCUAUUCAGCAGGCGAGAAGAAGUGGGGGACAGAUGAGUCAACAUUCAAUAAGAUCUUGUCACUCAGGCACUGUUACCAACUGCGUGCAACAUUUGAUGAGUACCAAAAAAUUGCAGGACGUGAUAUCACAGCAUCCAUCAAAAGAGAGUUUUCUGGUGAUGUCGAAGAUGGAAUGCUUGCUAUAGUUGAAUGUGCUAGAAACAGGGCGCAGUAUUUCACCACAAGGCUGUAUAAGGCGAUGAAAGGGCUUGGAACAGAUGACACAACAUUGAUUCGUGUCAUCGUAUCACGAUCCGAGAUCGAUAUGGUGGAUAUAAAAAAGUGUUUCUUUCCCACCUACCAGAAGACACUCUCUAAAAUGGUUUCAUCAGAAACUAGUGGUGACUACAAACGUCUCCUUGAUGGCCUUAUUGGAGGUGAAUAACCAGUAUUUUUUCAUUACAGUUCAGAGAAUGAAAAAAUGUUGGUAUGAUAAUUAAAAUGAAAAAAAGUUAUUGUAUUAUGUAGAUUCCUUCCGCUCACAAUCAGGGUAUUGCUAUGCUCACGUACAUUAACACCGUGUUAUGAAAUUAAUGUGUUCCAAAAAUUGUUUGUAAGGUAAAUUUCCACAUUGUGUACCCUGUUUUUCCAGUUUCUAUUAUAUAAUUAAAGGGAUACUACACCUUAGAAUUUUAUGGCAUAUUAUGAUAGUAAGUGCCUAAAUAAUAGUAUAUACCUACACAUUUCUAUAAUCAUGCAUUCACAUUUGUUAUAAACCAACAAUGAGUUUCUAAAUCUUGAGUUUUGGCUGCUGACAUGACACCGUGCAAUUGUGUUGCCACCCUGAUGAAGUUGCACUUUUUCCCGAUUUAUUUGGCUUGUUACAGACCGAGAGCUAAUCACAAAAGUGCAAUUAUAUUUAGAGCUAACUGCUAUUUAACCGAACGAUUUUUAUUUUAGGACAAAUUCGUCCAAAUUUUAACUAAAUCUAAAAGUUGUUCAUAAGAUAUUGCAAUCUUUCUCCUCUUAAAUUAAUAAAAAAGAAACACGUACUCGGUUUGUCACCUGCAGCCGAAGAGUUGCGAUGUGCAACUUUGAAAGUAGAGGGGCUAGUAAGUAGUGCCACCGUCGUGUGAAUUGGAAUAGUUCGAUAGUAAAACACAUUGCUUCAGAUAUGUUACAAAGCUGUUUGAAUGGAAGCUAAGGUUCACUUCUAAUUCGAAUACGCCUAUACUGCUAUUGUGUUAUUAUUCAAUGUGAGAGUAUGUAACACUUUUACAUACAUGCCUUAUAUUUGUUAUGUAGUAUUAACAUCGGUAUAGCAGUCUGCUAUUGUAAAAUGUUGCUAUAACCCACGUAUGAAUGAGUUUCUGUUUGGUAGAGGAAGCAGUGAAUUUUAUAAGCAAGAUUUGUACUUGCUUUUGAAUAGACGGUCAUGUUUCAACUUUUGAGAAAUGUUCAAAUGGUUGCCUUGUAACUGCGGUAGUCUAUUUUGUGUAAUCUUGAUUAGGGGACACGGUAAUAACAUUUUGUAAACCAUAACUGUUCAAAGGUUCAUAGUCUAAUUUAAGAUUAUAUCAUUGAUAACUGUUAAUCUGUAAUAAUUAAAUGUGCAAAGUUCAUAAAUAGUAACCUAACCAAUAUUCGCACAGUACAUUGUACAGAUAUGUUCAUGAUAUUAUGUACCCCCUCGCUUUGCUCCAGGCAAGACCAGUCUUAUAAAUAUAAAUGGUAAAUAUAAAAUUGAUAGAGCCACCCUUCAUCACGAAUAGCACAAUUAUGCAUAAAUUUUCAAUUAUAUAUCAGCAAAUGAAAUGUGUGCACAAUCGCAGUGUAUUUAUAGAAUACGUGAUCAUGUCAAGAGCUAACAUAAUACCUAGGUAUACCUGGGUAUUGUUAGCUUGUUCAUAUAUAUAUAUAUAUAUAUAUAUAUAUAUAUAUAUAUAUAUGU